AUGAAGUUCAUCGUCGCCGCCGUUGCCCUCGCCGCCACCGCCCUCGCCGCCCCGAGCGUCGAGGCCCGCGACACGGCCGCCUGCAAGUUUGGCCAGUACCGGUGCAGCGCCGACGGCAAGGCCAUCGUGCAGUGCGACGUCCAGGGCCACUGGGUCACCAUCGGCGACUGCCCCAACGGCAGCUCCUGCCACCCCAUCCAGGGCAUCCCCUACUGCACCAAGAAGGUUGCCAAGCGCCAGGACUCGGGCUACUGCGCCAACCCAGGCACCUACUCCUGCAGCUCUGAUGGCCAGGGCAUCGACGUCUGCGACAGCCAGAACCAGAUCCAGUUCAACGGCCCUUGCCUGGAUGGCUCCCACUGCGGCUACCUCAACGGCCAGCCUUACUGCCUCGACUCCUCGGUCUAA